AUGGAACGCCGACUUUCGCAAAAGCCCGAGAUCGCGUCUCAGUAUCACGGUUUUCUCCACGAAUACUUGUCUAUGGGGCACAUGGAGGAGCGCUCUCCAUACCCCCCGGUAUACAUCCCGCAUCAUUUCGUCUUACGCGAAUCAAGUACCACUACAAAAUUACGCGUCGUGUUUAACGCGUCUAGCAAAUCAGACGAUAACACCGCGCUUAACGAUUAUUUGAUGGCGGGACCGAAACUGCAACUAGACAUUGCUGCGAUAAUUUUACGCUGGCGUCUGUUCCUUUACGUGUGCAUGGCAGACAUCGCGAAAAUGUUCCGGCAAAUACUCGUGCAUCCAGACGACGUAGAUUUUCAACGCAUCCUUUGGCGACCACCCGAAAGUCUUCUGAUUCGUCUUUAUCGCCUACUCACCGUGACCUACGGCCAAAAACCCUCUCCGUUUCUCGCACAGCGCUCCCUUCUGCAAUUAGCUCGCGACGAAGGUAAAGAUUUUCCCGAAGCGGUUUCGAUAAUCGAAGAAUCGACCUAUGUCGAUGAUGUUAUUUUUGGAGCAGACGACCUUCCGUCUCUGCUCGACAAACGCAAGCAACUCGUCGGUUUAAUGAAUCGCGGAUGUUUUCCUCUCCGAAAAUGGGCCGCGAAUUCAGCCGAACUUUUGAUGGAUAUCCCGGAGGAUCAACGUGAAUCCUCGGAUUAUCCCAUCAAUCGCGAUGACACGCUCAAAGUCCUCGGACUUUCUUGGUCUCCGCGUGAUGACUCGUUUCGUUUUGUGAUCUCGCCGUACGCCGUGACCGCUCAUACCAAGCGUUCCGUUCUAUCAUUUAUCGCGAAGCUGUAUGACCCUCUCGGCUGGGCGUCCCCGAUCGUCAUCGCGGCCAAGAUGUUAAUGCAAGAGCUCUGGCUCCGUAAAAUUGAUUGGGACUCGCCAGUCCCCGACGAUCUUCUGCCGCAGUGGAUCAACUAUUUUUCAGAUUUGCCUAACAUUGGUGAAAUCUGCAUUCCCCGAUGGACAGGGAUGCGUCAAGAUAAACUCGACGUCGAAUUACACGGAUUCGCGUACGCGUCCAUUCGAGCCUACGCCGCCGUAGUUUAUCUCCGAAUCGUGCACUCUCAGACGAACGUUCAGGUGAACCUCCUCGCGGCCAAAACGAAGGUCGCGCCAUUAAAAACCGUCAGCGUUCCACGACUUGAACUCAACGCCGUCGUUCUACUGACUCGUCUGCUCGAGUGGGUACGAGAUUCUACGCGCUUAAAUCGAGCUCCCUUAUUUGGAUGGACCGAUUCUCAAAUCGCGUUGGCAUGGAUUCAACAGCAUCCAUCCAAAUGGAACGCUUACAUCGCGAAUCGCGUUUCCGAGGUGCAGACGCGCCUUCCCUCAGUCCAUUGGCAGCACGUUCGUUCUCACGACAAUCCUGCCGACUGCGCUUCUCACGGUUCUACCGCCUCCGAUCUCGUUCACCACCAAUUAUGGUGGUCCGGCCCUCCGUGGCUGAAAAUUUCGCCGGCCUCAUGGCCGAUUCUCCCGAUGCCUGAUGCUGCUGACAUUCUGCAAACGGUAUCGUCAGAAGCUCGUAAAGCUACCGUGCAUCUAGUCGAUCCAACUCCGGAGUGGGAUCUGUUCACCUCCUACUCGAGCUGGAUCCGACUUCUUCGUGUUACGGCAUACGUUCGUCGAUACGUUCAAAACUUAAAAAAUAAAGCCGCCUCGUUAGCAAUCGUUACGACGCCCUUGACCGCGUCUGAAAUUCACGACGCUGCAGUCUUUUGUCUUCGAUCGGUUCAAGCGACUUGUUUUCCUGACGAAUGGACGGCUCUGAAUGCUCAUAACGCCGUAUCACGUACGAGCUCCUUACGCUCUCUCAAUCCCUUUAUCGGGAAAGAUCAAUUAAUCCGGCUGGGCGGGCGGCUCGCCAACUCUGCUUUGCGCUACAAUGAGCGACACCCAGUCGUUCUUCCCAGACAUCAUAUUUCUGAGCUUCUGAUCGAUCAAGCUCACCUCCGUUCCCUGCACGGCGGAACUCAGCUCACGCUCAGAUGGCUUCGUCAAAAUUACUGGAUCAUUUCCGCGCGAAGCUUGAUCAAAUCUCACAUCCGUAGAUGUGUUAAAUGCAGCAAGCAUUCCGCAAAAAACCCGACGCAAUUAAUGGGUGAUCUCCCGAGUCCGCGAGUCAAUCCCUCUCCUCCCUUUUCUCAUACGGGCAUAGAUUAUGCCGGGCCAAUGCUUAUUACGCCUUUCGUCGGCCGCGGUCAAAGGGGGAGUAAACACUACGUCGCGGUGUUUGUUUGUCUCGCCACGAAGGCGAUCCAUCUCGAGUGCGUGGAAGAUUACUCCACCGAGGGAUUCCUCGCGGCUUUUCACCGUGUCGUUAGCCGACGCGGAUUGCCCUCAGAUAUGUAUAGUGAUAACGGCACGAAUUUUCAGGGCGCUGAUCGCGAGCUCCAACGCAGCUUUCGCGCUCUUAAGCGUGACCCCUUCCUAAAAAGCGUCCUCGCGAAUGACGGUGUCACGUGGCACUUCGUCCCUCCGGCGGCACCACAUUUCGGCGGGCUUUGGGAAGCAGGCGUAAAAAGCCUGAAGCACCAUCUCAAGCGAGUGGUCGGUGCUCGUACUUUAUCGCGCUCGGAAUUCGCGACCCUAUUAUGUAAGAUAGAAGCGUGCCUUAACUCGCGACCGAUCUCUCCGCUCCGCGACGAUCCUUCCGACUUGACCGUCUUGACGCCUGGUCAUUUCCUGAUUGGCAGACCGCUCACGAGCGUACCGGAAGAAUCGUUACUCGAAAUCAAUGCGAAUCGUUUGUCGCGAUGGCAACACGUGCAACGUAUGGUCGAGCAGAUCUGGCGCUCCUGGUCAUCGGACUAUUUACAUUCAUUGCAACAGCGAGUCAAAUGGACCGAAUCUCACGACAAUGUUAAAGUCAACGAGCUAGUUUUUCUCAAAAAUAACCUGCUUCCUCCCUCAAAGUGGGAACUCGCAAGGAUUCUGAAAGUCCAUCCCGGACUGGACGGUCGCGUCCGCGUCGUCACAGUGCGCACCGCCAAUUCCGAGCUUAAACGACCAAUAACCAAGAUCUGCCCGUUGCCUGCGUCUAUCAACUCUCCGGGACCUGCAGAAUCCCGUUAG